AUGUCUCUUUCCUGUUCUGAAACAUACCGCAAUCUCCAGAAAGAUGAUGAUUGCUUUAACCUUCGCUUGCAAGAAAUCAGCCGUGAAAUAGAGGUUAUUUUGGUGAAAACAGCCCAGCAACGAGAAGAUUUGCUUGGUCGGUCUCAGGCCUCACCAUUGCGGCACGUUAUCGAAGGUAAUCUGCAGGACAUCUCUGGCCCGGCUGUAGCUAUUCCAGAAAUGAUUCCAUCCAAUCUAUUUAACGAAGGUGUGGCUGUCAAACAACAACAAAAACAGUUUACCGAAAAUCAGCUACUUGCUCUUUUAGAACCCUUGGUUGAGACGAAAGUCCAUCAGAUCCUACAGGGGUUUAUAGGGAAGGUGGAACGCACUCAAAACCAACAGGAAGAAACCGAAAACAGCAUGAUCGCGCUUUCCGAAGAUUACCGGGAACAGCGCAGGAUGAUGCAAAACAGCCUAACCUUAUUCAAACACCAAACUUCCCGACUUCAACAUUUUGAAACCGAUUUCAAAGACCAUGAACAGCGUUGUCAAGAACGAUUAACCCUUAUUAACGACUCAUUAGGGGCUCUCAACGAAAAGUCGCAGCUCAGUGAACAGCGGGCCGUACGUCGUCUCGACGAACUGGUAAAGAACCAUCACGAAACCGUUCUUCACUCUCUGACAGAUAUGGAAACUCAUGUCCAUCAAUGGAAAGGCGAUGUUGAAAGUUUAGUCUAUCGACAAGUAUCCGAUUGGCGAUUAUGGAGUGAUGAGCUCGAGGCGCAUGUCGCCCGCUUGCAAGGGGUCCUUGGUAGUGUUGCCGAGACGGUCAAUAAACACACGGUCGAUCUACGUAAUUUGAUGGAAACAGUACUGGAAAAACAUAGUGAAAUACGCUCAUGCCGACGCGAUGUGAACCGUCUUGAAAUGCUGAUUCACUGUGGCGGCAAUCUUUUAUAUACAGGGAAAGACCGCGAAAUCGCCGCCGUCGAGGGUUAUUUUGACCGCAUUCCACUCAUUGAUGGAGUCAAAGGCUCCGAGCCAAGUUCGAUGGUCUCGUUUCGGGAACUUAGUCAUGUCAAGGAUCAAGUCAAUUUCCUUUCUUGCCGAAUUGAGGACUUGGAAAGGUGUUUUGGGAAACUGGGUUCAGCACAUAUAAAGGUUGACAGCAAUUUUAACGGUGGUGGAAUGAACAGCGACAGGGCAACGUUGCGACGGCUCGAUCAUGCCGAGCUUCUCAACCGCUCAAACCAUCACGAUUCCGCCGCAGAGCGGAUGUCCAAUUCAGUGCCUUUUCGCUCCAUGCCAUCAAUGUCGAGUAUGGUAUCUCCUUCCGAGCGUCAAGCGAAGGGAAUCAAAACAAUGACCAACAAUGCCACUGCUCGACUUUUACCUCAAGAUAAGCAAACCAGGCGAAAAACUAAACAUUAUGAAAAAAAUUAUGCUUUUUCAUCUUCUCAGCCUUACGAACAAACACCCCUUACAAGUGUUAAUACUUCCACUCUAUCACAUUCGGAGAGACAGCUAACUCACUUUAAUGUGAGGGAGCAUGGUGGUAUCCCUCGUAAUUCAACACCUGAAAAUCCCGUUGAGUGUGUUGGGGAGAUUGAAGCGGGGAUACGGAAUUAUCGUAAAAACAAACCAUAUGUACAUGACAAACUAUAUCCUCUGCAGUGCUCGUCUGCGACACCUCUUCAAGCCCCAUCAGAUGAAGCACGUGUGGAUGAGAGAGAAGAUCCAAAUAUUCCAGACACUAUCAACAAACAGGAAGGCUCUUCUUUAUUUUUAGCACCUAUGCACAAAAAUACGCCUUUUCCAGAAUAUAAUCAAGUGGCUCAGAAUCGGCGACACGCUGCGGACGACGAUGUCGACACUGAGGAAGUGAAUUCCUAUCAAAGUAGAACAGAGUCUCCUAUGUAUCACAAAUAUUUUGACAAAGAAAUACACGACAACGGACGUAUUCCACCAAUACAUCAAGACCAGUACCUGCCAGCCCCUGUAAGUGAUUCAGAAAGUGAGCGAAUUAAUUAUAAACUCUCCAGAUUGGCGAUUGACUAA